UGUGCUUAUAAUUUUAUUUAUUUGCAAUUUGGUUAUAAUUUUAUUAUUUAUAAUUUUAUUGCUAAUUUUUUUGCUUAUAAUUUUAUUAUUUAUAAUUUCAUCUACCUUUAUUGCUCUUUAAUUAUACUACAGUUUUUUAACCUAACAAUUUAUUUUAUAUAAAUAUAUAAUUUUGUAACAAAAUAUUGUGACUUUUUUAAACAAAACUAUUUUUUAAUUUUUAUUUUUGUGAUAGCCAUAGAGAUGUCACUUGUUGACAAUAUUUGCUUAGUAUACAAAAUCUACGAUAUAUAUGUGCAAAAUGAAACCGUAUUCCUUUAGGGAUAACAUAUACGAAUAAUAUCGUGCAAUUCAAACUAAGAUUAAAAGUUAAAAAAAAAAGAUUAAUUUAAUGAACUCUUUAUAACUGCAAAUUUAGAUAUAGGUUAGAAAAAGAGAAGUCUGAAAAACAUUUCGUUUAUUAUCGGUAUAAAAUCCAGUUUAUAUGAUGAUAUUAAUACGUAUACUUUAAUUAUGGAAAAGGAUUUCCGAAAGAAAUGUUCUGUAAAAGAAAUAUAAAAUCUUGUUAAUGAUAUGUACGAAUGACUCUAUAUUAUCGACCCCGAUCAAGUUUGACGGCCACUUUAGGAUCUCCUUAAUAUUGAAUAGUAUUCAUAAACUAAAUAAAUAAUACUCUAAAUUUUUUAAUACAGAGCCGAUAUCUGGUUAAUUGCAUAUUUGAAAUGGAGUAGUUUGGAUUAAAUAAACAGACUAAACAAUUUUUAUUAAUGAUUAUGAGAAGAAACCAAUUAAACUUAUCAGUGCUUACGUUAUCUCGAUGAAUCUUGAUUCAUUUGUGGGUGUUAGUACCAAAACUUAUUCUAUAAAUAGAUAAAAUUAUAAGUAAAUGGUUUAAUGUAAAAUUUAUUUAAAUUAAUUCCUUUUAUUAAAAUGUUAUUUAAUCACAAAUGUAAUUAAAUGUUAUACUCAUAUAAAAAACUAUUUUAAUUUAAAGAGGAAAAUCGCUAAUACUGUGACAUCACUAUGUUUUUUAAUUAUAUUUUUUAAAUAAAAACUAAAACUUUGAAAAUAUAAAUACACAAAUUGGAAAGUGCCUUUUAUGAGAAGGUAUAACAGUUUUUAUUACUAUUAUAGUUUUAAUGUUGUUUCAUAUUUUGCAAUAAUAAAUUUUUUUGUAAGUUAAUUAAAAAUGAGUUUUUGAAAAAUUGGCCCUCAGAACUGACAUAGGCAGUAAUGGUAGAAUUUAGACGUGGUUCUGUGGAAGAAUUAAUUGAAUUAAAUUAAUAAGUUAUGUAGUAAUAGUAUAUUGUGUCACGAGUGCGGUGAGCUAUUAUUCGUAAGUGCGGGAAAUACAUGCACGAGCCAAAGGCGAGUAACGGUUUAUGUUGCAUGAUGAGUUUAUGUUUAAAAUUACACUGAUAAUAAGAAAAAAGUAGAAAAGAAAUAUCUAAAGAAACUAGUUUUAAAGAAACUAUAAAAUAAUCUAAUAUUUUAAAUAAUAUACUUACUAUUGUUUAAAAUAUUCAAUUUGCAAUUUGCAAAUAUUAUUCUAGCUUUUUGGAGAAUUUAUUUUUAUAGAUUUUACAAAAAAAAAAAAAAACUAUGGAUGUAUAAACUAUAGAUUUUAAUUUAUUUUAUUAUUUAAGCAAAUAACAUUUUUGACAGUAUUAAUAUAAUGUUUGACUCUUGAAAAAUAAGGGAAUGUUGUUUUAGAAGCCUGUGCUAAUAUUAACGACUUUCCUCUACUCCUAACAUAUAACUAUAUAUAAAAUAAUCGUGCUAAUUGAAAGACGAAACGUAAAAAGUCAUUUUACAGAUAUUUGGAUGUAAACUAAUUUUGAGUAUAUGAGCUAAUGUCGUAUCCAUAUUUAUUUUGGUUUAAUAAUCUUACAGUUACUUAAAACGUCAUAUUCAGCUUACAACAUACUGAAGCAAAUAUAAGAAUGGCAAAAAGACAGAGAAAGUAAAAGAAAAAUUAUUUUUUAUUCGAAAUUUAUUAAAAUAAUUGCAGUAAUGUGGGUUUGUAUAUGAUAAGUAUAUACGUAUUCAGAAAUAUUAAACAAUUGUAGCAGAUAAUUUUGUUUAAUAAUUAUACAUGAUUUUUGUAACAUUAUUAUAACAAAUGAAUAGAUAUUUUAAAGAAAAAUUACAAAAUUAUAUUAUUGAUUAUAGAAUCUUAAAACCUGUAUUUUUACUACAAUUAAUUAUUAAGAUUAUUAAUUUUUAAAUAACAUUUCUAAAAUUUUUAUUUAUGCACUAAAAAAAUGAAAAAUAUAUUUGUAUGGAUUUGAAUAUUACUUUACCAUAUGUUACCAUAUGAACAUACAUAUGUCAAAUCAUACAGACUAUCAGAAACCAGAAAACAACAGAGAAAUCAAUAUAAGGAAGAACAUUUUGUCAUCCGUAUUGCAAUAUGACAAAUUUACAUGUUUAUUUUAUUUAAUAUUAAAUUAAUAUCUUAUAAUAUUAAAUAAAUAUCUUUUGGUUGAAGUAUACGAAUGAAGUAUGAAUAUUUUAUGGAGAGUAAGUAUGCAGAGCUCAGUUCGAUAUUCGAGAGUUAUUUUUUAUUUCUUGCUCUGUUUUCUAGUAUGUAAUAUUACAAAACGCAAUUCUCAUAAAGUAUUAUUAUGUGAUAAUAACGUAAUAUUGUAAAGUCUGUAUUUGGCUGACAGUAUGAAAACUGUAUUAUGCGAAGAGCGCGAGUGCAAUCUGAAUAAUAAAAGUUGUCGAAGGGACGUUGAAUAAACUGUAUUAUGGCCGAAACAGCGUAAAGCUAUAGACCGAUAUUUUAUACUUGACAGUUUGUCGUAAGCUUUUAUUGCGUGGAUCAAAUUUUAUUACGAUAAUUUUUCUUAUAAUAUAAACUUUCUCAUGUUAUUAUAUAAUAUUACAUAAUACAAAAAAUUAUCGUACAAAAUGUGAUUCAGUUAUAAAUUUACGUAUAAUUUUGUGUAUGUAUAAUAGAUUUGUGGGCGGUUAUGCUUUGGAACGGUUAAAAUUUCUGACUAAUUAGAAUAAAAAAUUAUUCUAUAUAUCUAAAUUUUUCAAAAUUUUAAAAUACUGAAAGAUAUAUGUGUUCUGUAUAUUUGUGUAAAAAGAUAAAGAGUAAAUAAUUUACUAUAUUCCUUCUUGUAAAGGAAGGAUAUUAAUAGAUAAUACAUCGAAAAAAAAUUAUAUUAAAGAUGUUUAUACUGACAUUUACGUUUAAAAUAUUAACGUUUUGCGGUUGCGGACGAAUGGAUUCCUGGCCAGCCUCGUCUAAACGGUUAGUUUAUCAUGUGUAUACUAUUAUCAUAAUGUUAUUAAUACAUUCGUUUAUGCUGUCGCAAUUGUUGGAUCUUAUUAUGGUCGUCGAUAAUUCUGAUGAUUUCACGGAUAAUUUCUAUGUGCUACUUGCUAUGAUCGUUUCUUGCUGUAAGAUGAUCGCUCUAUUGAUAAAUCGCAGUAACAUUGAGAAAUUAAUCAAGACUCUUACGAGUAAACCGUUUCGACCAGUUGAACCUGACGAGGUGAAGAUUCAACAGAAAUUUGAAAAACUCAUACAGUCAAACACGCUUCAUUAUACCAUCCUGGUCGAGACAUCGUGUCUGUCCGUUACUGUCACAUCAUUACUAACGGAAUUCAGAAAAGGAAAUCUGACGUUUCGAGGAUGGCUACCAUUCAAUUAUUCUUCGCCGCUACUUUUUCCAAUUGUAUACGCUCAUCAAUUGAUAAGUUUUACAAUGGGAUCUGUACACCAUGUGGCUUGUGACAGUCUCAUAUGCGGAUUUCUGGUGCACAUUUGCUGUCAGAUAGAGAUACUGGAACACCGUCUGAGAAAAAGUGCACAUAAUCCUAAAUCUCUUCGCGAAUGUGUUCUUCAACACAACCACAUAUUCAAGUUUGCUAGUAGAGUAAAUAAAAAAUUUAGGAUAACAAUAUUUAUUCAGUUUGUUGUGAGUACAUUGGUCAUGUGUUUUAAUUUGUAUCAAUUUACUAAACCAACAGCAUUAAAAACAAGGUAUAUGCAUUUAAUAUUAUACACAUGCUCCAUGUUGUCACAAAUCUUCUUGUACUGCUGGUAUGGAAACGAAGUUGAAUUGAAAAGUCGACAUUUGAUAAAUAAUGUUUUCGAAAUGGAAUGGUUUAACUUUAGUGAAAACGACCAGAAAACUUUAUUAAUGAUUGUGAGACGUGCUGCAAUACCAAUAGAAUUUACUAGUGCCUGUGUUAUUUCUAUGAAUUUGGAUUCAUUCGUAGGCGUCAGUAUCAAAAUUUGUCAUUUCAUAAUUAUUAAGCUUUUAAAUAAAGUUUCGAUAUCAAACACAUUUCCUUCUCUUUUAAUGAAAAAUAUUAUUAAACUAAAUUUUGAUUAAUGUUACUAGUAAUUUAAAUUUUAGUUUAGUAUAUUUGAUUGAGAAAUUUAUGUAAUAAUUAAUAAUCUGUUAUACACAUGCGUUCUAAAAAAUGGUUAAAUAUUUUAUACAUGUCAAUUUCUUUAAAUGAUGUUUGUAACAAUUGUGUUGUAGUUGCUCAAGAUGUCGUAUUCAGCUUAUAAUAUACUUAAGCAAACGUAAGGAUCAUGAUGUCGGACGCAUUCAGUAGCAAAAAUAUCACAUUCGACAUUUGUAGGAACAAAAAUAUUGAUGACAUAUUAUGCAAUGUAAAUCUAUGUCACAAUCACAAAUAUGUGCAUACAAAUAUAUAAAAAAUAUUGAUUACCGAUAAUUAAUUCUUGCAUUGUUGAAAUCAUAAGUGAAAAAAUUGUAAUAUUUAUAUUAUAAUUUUUAUGACAAUUAAUUUUAACACGUGUUUUAUUUACAUGACCACAGUUAUAUUUUUUGAGGUUGUAUAUGCUUGUGUUAAUGUAGAAAUUAUAGGUUUAUAUAUAUAUAUAGAGAAAACAAAUAGGAAACAAAUAAA